GAUCCGGACCCACGAAGAAUCUACUCGAACCCGAUUAGGCAGGACAUUUUUAAACUCAAAAAUCAUACUAUUGGGCAGGACCAUAGCGAGUAAUAUUGGGCUUAUUAUGAGCCUUUUAAAAUGGGCCAUAACGACAAACGAACAGUGAAAUAGAGUUGGGAAGGUCUCUUUAACCGCCGGGUUUCAAGCCGCGAACUCACUCCUCCGCUUAUGAAGUUUCAAAUAUAGCUAGACAGAGAGAGAAAGAAAGAGAAAGCAGAGAGAUGACGUCCCAGAAGAGAUUCAUCAUCGAGGUGGAAGCUGCUAAGGAAGCUACCGAUGGAAAACCCUCCAUUGGUCCUGUCUAUCGCAGUACUUUCGCCAAAGACGGUUUCCCUAACCCAAUCGACGGGAUCGACAGCUGUUGGGAUAUUUUCCGCACGGCUGUUGAGAAAUAUCCAAACAAUCGCAUGCUUGGUCGACGUGAGAUUGUGAACAACAAGGCAGGAAAGUAUGAGUGGAAGACAUACAAAGAAGUAUAUGACAUUGUCCUAAAACUUGGAAACUCUCUCCGUAGCUGCGGGAUUGAGGAGGGAGGAAAAUGUGGUAUUUAUGGUGCAAACUGUCCUGAGUGGAUCAUAAGCAUGGAGGCAUGCAAUGCACAUGGGCUCUAUUGUGUUCCUUUUUACGAUACUUUAGGCUCUGGUGCCGUGGAGUUUAUUAUUUCCCAUGCAGAAGUUUCCAUUGCUUUUGUAGAGGAGAAAAAGAUUCCUGAGCUUUUUAAGACAUGUCCAAACUCCACAAAGUAUAUGAAAACUGUUGUGAGCUUUGGCGGUGUCAAAUCGGAACAGAAAGAAGAAGCUGAAAAGUUAGGACUGGUAAUACAUGCUUGGGAUGAGUUCUUGAAGCUGGGUGAAGGUAAGCAAUAUGAUCUUCCUGUUAAAAAGAAAAGCGACAUUUGCACAAUUAUGUAUACUAGCGGAACCACUGGUGACCCAAAGGGAGUUCUGAUGUCAAAUGAGAGCAUUGUUACCAUAACAGCUGGGGUGAGGCAUUUCCUAGCGAUUUUUAACGAAUCCCUUACUGAGAAAGAUGUCUACAUAUCUUAUCUUCCUCUUGCGCACGUCUUUGACCGGGCUGUGGAGGAGUGCAUCAUUCAAGUUGGUGGUUCAAUCGGUUUCUGGCGCGGGGAUGUUAAGUUGUUGAUUGAAGACCUUGGUGAGCUAAAGCCAAGUAUUUUCUGCGCUGUUCCUCGUGUCCUAGAACGAGUAUACACAGGUCUGCAGCAAAAACUAUCCGUUGGUGGUUUCUUCAAAAAGAAAGUUUUCAAUGUUGCUUUCUCCUAUAAAUUCGGAAAUAUGAAGAAGGGGCAGUCUCAUGUCGAAGCAGCUCCAUUCUGUGACAAACUUGUCUUCAACAAGGUUAAACAAGGACUGGGAGGCAAUGUGAGGAUUAUUCUAUCUGGAGCAGCUCCUCUUGCUAGUCACAUAGAGUCAUUUCUUAGAGUUGUGGCAUGUUGUCAUGUUCUACAAGGAUAUGGUCUAACUGAGAGCUGUGCUGGUACUUUUGUUACCUUCCCUGACGAACUUGACAUGCUUGGAACUGUUGGUCCACCAGUGCCAAACGUGGAUAUUCGCCUAGAAUCUGUCCCUGACAUGGAAUACGAUGCUCUUGGAAGUAUUCCACGAGGCGAAAUCUGCAUCCGUGGGAAAACUCUGUUUUCUGGAUACCACAAACGUGAAGACCUCACCAAAGAGGUUCUUAUUGAUGGAUGGUUUCACACAGGUGAUAUUGGUGAGUGGCAGCCAGAUGGAAGCAUGAAGAUAAUUGACCGGAAAAAGAACAUCUUCAAACUCGCGCAAGGGGAGUACGUUGCAGUUGAGAAUUUAGAAAAUGUGUACGGUCAAGUAGAAGCCAUUGAUUCAAUAUGGGUGUAUGGGAACAGCUUUGAGUCCUUCCUUAUAGCAGUCGCUAACCCAAGUCAGCAAACUCUUGAACGCUGGGCCGCGGAGAAUGGAGUGAAUGGAGACUUCGACUCUAUAUGUCAAAACACAAAAGCAAGAGCAUUCCUACUUGGAGAACUCGUUAAGACAGCCAAAGAGAGAAAGUUGAAGGGUUUUGAGAUCAUUAGAGCUGUUCAUUUGGAACCUGUGGCUUUCGACAUUGAAAGAGACCUUCUUACUCCUACCUACAAGAAGAAGAGGCCUCAAUUACUCAAAUACUAUCAGAAUGUGAUUGAUGAUAUGUACAAGACUGCAAAGGAAGGUCAAGCUUCAGUACAGUAGAUCCCUUCUACGUUCUAGUUUCAUUCAUUCUUUCUUUUUCAUGAUCAGGCAUGACUUUCUUCAUUUACGUUUCUCUAAAUAAGGUUUUGUUAAUGUCUUUGAGAUGCUGCAUAGCAUCUUGACAUACUACAACAUGUCUUACUCUAUAAUUUUAUUCCAAAAUUUCAUGUUCCUAGACAUUGUACGAACUUUAACCCGAUAUCUUAUAAACAGUGGAGAAUUUAGUUUGGGGUUGUUAACUAGGCGUAUUUGAGCAACACAUCGGUUUCUAUCUUUAUACAAAACAGUUGGUUUUAUAUUCAGAAAUUGGUGUCAACACACCUAAACCAACCUCUAUUUUGCAAUAUACCCAUAAUUUUUGAUGCUAAAUUUCCUUCCCAUUUUACCCCUACCACCUACCUUCCCUACGCCAUAGACCCUCUGCGUUGAGUGUCAGGAGACUCAGGACACACAUAAUUUUUCCAUCAGUCUAAGCAUUAAUUCAACUUCUAAUAACCACCUACCAAUUCAUUGAUUCAUUCCUCUGUUAUCCAAAAUUUAUUUUAUUUCUUCUCCUAAAACCGAAACUUGGUCAAAGAUAGAGCUUUGAUUUCUUAAUCGUAAGAUGCAAGAAAUCAACCUCCCUUUGAAAGUGUUUGCGGCUGGCGAGGAACCGACUGGUGAACGAAUCAGCCAUCAUGAUAAUGCUCUUGAUGAAGCUCACGCCUCAGGUGGUGUUGAUCAAUGUAAGGCUAUUACUCCUUGCGUUCUCGCAGAAGCUGCAAAACAGUUGGCCUUUAAUUUCUACGACACCUUUUCGAAAAAGCAGUCUUAGAUUAAUAUAGUUUUUUUCAUCCAACUUUUUUUAUUUUCUGGUUUUACUUGUUACAGAGAUAUUAUUAAAUCUUAUCUUUGGCAUAUACUUUUCUUGCAUGGUCGAGUUUCAAACAAUAUUUGGUAUCAACUAACAACAUUGGACCCAUGCGUGAUGAUCUUGUGGGACUUAAAUGACAAACAAUCCACUCAUCAGUUAAUAUUUUAAUUACCAGCUACCAUAUGUAGGUUACAUAUAUUGUGCCUACACUAAAACCAUGGUGUCCAUAUUUUAGACAUGUGGUCAUAUUGAUGUACAUAACUGAUAAACAAUUCAUUUAUCAGCUAACACCCUCAUUAGCAACUAACAACCCCCACAGAGGCCUUAUUUAUAUAUGGGGUGAGUAUCUGAUAGACUGUAACUUUCCCUCCAAGCUGCCAAUCCACUACCAAAUCAGAUAAAAAAUUAUUUAUCUACUGGCAAGUAUGUUCCAUGCAUGUUUGUUUACACAAAGAACUGGAUGUGUUUUUAGUCACAUGUAGAUAUUUAUAGGUCAUAACUGAUAACCCAUCCUCUUAUCAGAUAACAUUUUUAUUAUCAACUAACAAAACCGAAGGAAAUCCAUAUUUAGCUAUGCGGUGACGUUAUGAUAGCCUAUAACUAUCCUGUCAAACUGAUAAACCAAUAACAAAACAGAUAACAUAUUAGUUGAUAACAAAACAGAUAACAUAUUAUUUAUCAACUAAAAAGUCAUGUUCCAUGUUUGUUGUUUAUCAACUAAAGAUGGGGUUAAUAACUUACGUGCUGAUAUUAGUGUACAUAACCGCUAAGCCACAUAAGACUGACAUUUCCAUCUGAAAGAUCAAGCACUGUGAAACAGCACUGCCUUAAUCUAAAAGAGAGAUUAAGGCCUUAUACAUUUCAAUCAAGUGCUAAUACUUGUGUCCUUGUUAACUAAUACUUGUGUCCUUGUUAACUAAGAUUGACAUUUCAUUCUUCCUCUUAUCAAUCUCUCUUUUAUAUUUACGUGGAACCCACUGCUUGAUCAAAUAUACUGAUUUAUUGAAUAUAAUAACUAUACAGGUUCUUUACUUGAUUCAUAUCAUGGUGCAAAAUGAUUUCAUUCUGUUAGUAUUGGGAUUUUAUGUGAAUCUAAUAAAUAUUCUACAUGGACAAAACUAAUCAUUUAUAUUUUCAAAAAUUAAAAUAAAUUAAUUUUAAAUUAAUAGUUCUAGAUAACGAAGGAAAUAAGUGAUUUUCAUUGUCUUUGUGUAGAAGACAAACCUAUUUUAUCGCUGUAAAAAAAAAAAAACAAACCUAUUUUAUCACAGUAUUAAUAGCAAAUGACACAUUAUGCCAGGUAUAAUUUACAAAGUACAUAAGUGUUCUAACUAAAUUUAAAUAUGGUAAUUCAUAACCAAAAUUUUUUUAUUUUUCUCGUAUAGUUGAAAGGGAUCACUUUCGACAUUAAGUGAUCUAAUGACCACCAUUUAUUGAGAAACAUUGAUUUAUAAAUGUUAAAAUAUUUCAAUACUAUCUUUUGAUGUAUGCCAGUGCUAAAUAUUCACUUUUUGAAUGAUUAAUUGUAUUCCAAUAGAAUAUUUUGUUUGGCUUUUUUCAUCAAAAUAAAAUAAAUUUUUUAUCUUAUUUUUUUUUCUUGAAUUCCAAUAAUAAUAAGAUCAUAAAUAUAAACCACGAUUAUUAUAAACCUUGUUGGCAUUGCGCUAAACCCCGUACGUGCGGUCGCGUAGAGCCUGGCUCCGAAUUAUUGGGAUUAUACAAAUAUUAUUCAGGGAUUUUUAGAGCUUUUAUACUACUUAUUGUGUAUAUAUAUAUUAUAUAAUGCAGCUUACUACAAAAAGAAGAAGAUAAGUUGGUGUAGUGGCUAAGAUGCCUAACUUGAGUCACUGGUAAUUGUUUCGAUUUGCCAACAACUGAAGUUUUUGUUUUUUCAGCUUAACUUUAAUGAAGUGUAGUAAUGUAACCCUAAGGAAGAAGAUGAAACCGAAAUGUCUAUACUACUGGCUACACGACCUAUAACCCUGUUUCAUUGGCUGCCAGAUAUUUUUUUUCUCAAUUAUUCUUUCAUUUUUUUGUAUUUACACUCAAACUAAUAGAUCUAAUUAGAAAAGUUGAUCUCUGAAUCUUCAGUGAAAAAAAAGUGAGCUUUUCAUAUUUUCCAAUUUUCAAGCCGAUUAUACCAAAAUCGUUAUGGCUCUCAUCCUUUGAGUGCUUAUCUUUCGAUGAUAGGGCCACCGAGACAAAGUUUUUGGAAUAUGGAGUAUAUGUGAUCAUUUACGUAUACCACACAUGUACAAAUUGCUUUAGUGUGUACAAGUAUCAUUGCAAUUUGAUUACACAAAACGUUUUAGAUUCGGAAUGUAAUGCUUUUGGAUUUUUAAAUACAUCAAGGAUUCUCAUAUGUAUAUUAGUGUUUCACAGUGUUCAAGAAAUUUAUAGACGAUAGUAAAACGCUUUAUAGAGGAUUAUUGAUCAGGAAGGUGCCUACACCUUCUUUUUUUCUUAAAUCGUUCUAAAAAAAAUUGUUCGUUUGAUUUGCCGCUUAGGGGGGGAUCCUAGGCACCUCCUAGACCAAUUAAAAUCCUGGUAUCUAAUGAUUCAUACAAAUAUCUGCAUCAACAACUAUGAGACGCAUUAUAAGUUGGUAGACUCAUCACGAUUUUUGGUUUUUGAAAGAAAAAAAUGAGUGUAGUAUAUGUGGAGCGGAGGAAUAAUCAAUAGAUUACAUUCUAUUUGAAGGUUCACCAGCUAUACAAACUUGAGCGUUUUCAAAUACUUCAUCUAGCCCUGGAUUGUUUCCAGUGUCUUCAAUAUUUUCAAACAUGAAUUAGCUAUUAUUGAGACUUCCAAACAAUUA